GGACGCGCUCUCCACUUCUCUCUCUCGCUCUCUCCACCGCGGCUCCACUUGCGAAAGCGUAGAAGCGCGCCAAAAAAGCGCGCGCAAAAACAAAAAGCCAACUAACGGGACAAAAGUCGCGCGCGACUCGUAAGCUUGUUUACUUUGCCAUUAUAAAUCCGGCGGGCGCUUUGUUUGUGUUUGUGUUGAUGUUGCAACACCAACAGCAGGGAAAUUCGCAGCGAUUAGCCAUAAACGAUAUCUGAGGAAGAAUAAUCAGGAACCGAUCAGCAGGCCGAGCAAUCUGCUUAAAAUGCUGAAAAUGCAGCUGCAGUUGAGCAGUCAUGAUGGUAAUUCACCACCCCGACCCCUCCGUCAGCAACCAAAACUGGCUUAUCAUCAUCGGGAGCAACAGCAAAAACAAAAACAAGUGCUCCAAGGACGUUCGCCGGCGCUGUUGCCAGUGAUGCUGCUCCUCCUGAUGGCCAUGCUCCUCACGCGCCCUCUAAGCGCCUUCUCCAACCGAUUGUCGGACACGAAGCUGCACGAGAUCUACUUGGACGACAAGGAGAUCAAGUUGAGUUGGAUGGUGGACUGGUACAAGCAGGAGGUGCUCUUCCAUUUGCAGAAUGCAUUCAACGAGCAGCACCGCUGGUUCUAUCUGGGAUUCUCGAAACGUGGUGGCCUCGCGGAUGCGGAUAUUUGUUUUUUCGAGAACCAGAAUGGAUUCUUUAACGCGGUGACCGACACGUACACAAGUCCGGAUGGACGGUGGGUAAGGCGGGACUACCAGCAGGAUUGCGAGGUCUUCAAGAUGGACGAGUUUACGCUGGCCUUCAGACGCAAGUUCGACACCUGCGAUCCCCUAGAUCUGCGACUACAUGAGGGCACCAUGUACGUGGUCUGGGCCCGUGGUGAAACGGAGCUGGCUCUGGAGGAUCACCAGUUUGCCCUGCCCAAUGUGACGGCUCCGCACGAGGCGGGUGUUAAGAUGCUGCAGUUGCUCCGGGCCGACAAGAUACUCAUACCCGAAACCGAACUGGACCACUUGGAGAUCACGCUGCAGGAGGCGCCCAUUCCCGCCCAGGAGACGACCUACUGGUGCCACGUCCAGCGUCUGGAAGGCGAUCUCCGGCGGCGCCACCACAUCGUGCAGUUCGAGCCGCUCAUCCGGACGCCGGGCAUUGUCCACCACAUGGAGGUGUUCCACUGCGAGGCCGAGGAGCACGUGGAGAUCCCCCUGUACAACGGUGACUGUGAGCAGAUGCCGCCGCCGGUGAAGGUCUGCUCCAAGGUGAUGGUGCUGUGGGCCAUGGGCGCCGGCACCUUCACCUAUCCCCCGGAGGCUGGCCUGCCCAUUGGCGGACCCGGCUUCAAUCCCUACGUCCGGCUGGAGGUUCACUUCAAUAAUCCAGAGAAGCAGGCUGGUUUGGUGGACAACUCGGGCUUCCGCAUCAAGAUGUCAAAGACGCUGCGACAAUACGAUGCCGCCGUAAUGGAACUGGGCCUGGAGUACACCGACAAGAUGGCCAUUCCGCCGGGCCAGACCGCUUUCCCGCUGAGCGGCUACUGUGUGGCGGACUGCACCCGGGCCGCUCUGCCGGCGACGGGCAUCAUCAUCUUUGGAUCCCAGCUGCACACCCACCUGCGCGGAGUGCGCGUCCUCACCCGGCACUUCCGCGGGGAGCAGGAGCUGCGGGAGAUCAACCGGGAUGACUUCUACUCGAACCACUUCCAGGAGAUGCGCACCCUGCACUACAAGCCGCGUGUCCUGCCGGGCGACGCCUUGGUGACCACUUGCUACUACAACACGAAGGAUGACAACACCGCCGCCCUCGGGGGAUUCUCCAUCAGCGACGAGAUGUGCGUCAACUACAUCCACUACUAUCCGGCCACCAAACUGGAGGUCUGCAAGAGUUCCGUUUCCGAGGAGACGCUGGAGAACUACUUUAUUUACAUGAAGCGCACGGAGCACCAGCACGGAGUGCACCUGAACGGAGCCAGGUCGUCCAACUACCGGAGCAUCGAGUGGACCCAGCCAAGGGUCGACCAGCUGUACACCAUGUACAUGCAGGAGCCGCUGAGCAUGCAGUGCAACAGGUCGGAUGGCACCCGCUUCGGGGGGCGGCCCAGCUGGGAGGGCGUGGCAGCGACGCCCGUGCAAAUCCGCAUACCCAUCCACCGCAAGCUGUGCCCCAACUACAAUCCGCUGUGGCUGAAGCCGCUGGAGAAGGGCGAGUGCGAUUUGCUGGGGGAGUGCAUCUAUUAGGCAUUAGGCAUUAGGCGGAGGGCGUAAUCGCCUUGGCUGGCAUGGGGGCGUGGCAUAGCACAAGCACACACACACACACACAGAGCACACAGCACACCCAUACACCUGCAAACGAAAUGGCUUAUACGGGCAUUUUGACUUCAACAGUCGUAGUUCCAUAACCAAAACAUUUUUGUAGUGUUUAUUAUUAUUAUUAUUAUAUAUAAUGCUAAGUAUUUAGCAAACUCUUAUUUAAACUUUAGUUUGAUUUGAUUUUUUAAUAGGAUGAGGCUUGAAAUUAAAUUCAUAUACUGAAAUAAAAACAAUCUUUUCUAUACUGAAAGUAUUCUAUGUUUUAUUUGUUAAUUAAAGAAAAAUAUAUUUUUAAAAUUAAUAGCCAUCCUUAAAGUUGUAAAAGCUAAUCUUAAAAAUAAUUUCUUACGUGUAAGAACUUAAAAUUGUAUGCUUUUUUAUACGUUUUCCUGGGCAAGAUAACCUUUUUUUUCUGCAAACUUCAAACAGAAGUAUCUGAAGAAUUUGUUUAAAUUUUAUAACCUCUGUCUAAGUGGUCAAAAGGUGGUUUUUUUUAAAGCGUUAGGGAAGUUCGACUGUAGUCGCUUUGUAUUUGCCCGUUCAUCUGCAUCGCCAUUAGCAUUAUCAUUAUCCUUUCUUUCGGCGAGUGUGUGUGUGUGUGUGGGCCAAAGUGAAAGCAACGCAAGGGCAACAGGCCAAAACAAAUGUUUUCGCUCUUUAAAUAACUAAUGCAUUUACCAAUCCCGCCCAUGUUCCUAACCCCUUUCACUUUUACUUUCGCCCUUUUGCCUUGGCUUUUGGCCUGCUUUUGUGUUAUUUUUUUCUGUUUUUGUGCCCUUUGCCCUUGUUGUCUUGGCCAGCCUUUGAAAUUUGCCGACUGACAGCGCCGCCAGGCUAAAACGUUUAACACAAAGCAGCUUACAAGGAAGGCAUGGCCCACACACACACACCCUCGCACGCACACACACACGCACUGAACUUGGCUGAGAGGAAAUUGUAGCAUACUUCUCAGCGCCAGCUGAAAAAUAAAAUGGCCAACUGACUGAAUGGAACGGAAGGGACUUAAAUGGACAAAGUGGCCGGAACCAAGAAGGCCAAAAGUAUAAUGGCGGAGCGGGGGACUCGAGCUCACUGUUUAUACAAUAUAAAUGAGCAAACUUUUGAUGCAACCCGACGUUGCCAAGUCUAAUUACCAAGAAGCUCUUAGGAAAACGCCAGGCAAAAAGGCGGGAAAAAGAAAACAAAACGUAGAAAAAUAUAUUCACAUUGGUAUUGGGUUCUUAUUGGGGGAUCGUGGGACAUGGUAGAUGAGCUACCAGCAGCCAGGAGCUUACUUACCAGGAAAUCCCCCUCCAGAAUCCCUCGAUAUCCGUAUCAUUCCUUCACGCUUUUCAUUAGUUCUAUCUUUCAUAGUUUUUAGUUUUUCCUAUCUCAACUACACACACACACACAAGUGCACCCACACACACACACACAAACACCGAACACACAUACAUUUGAGUAAACAUGUAAUGGAUACGUUUAAGUGUAGCCAACAUACAUAUGUAAGAUGUGAUAAUUGUUCUAUGGCUAUAAAAGAAAUAUAUAUACACAUGAAUAUAUAAACUAUGUAGAUGAAAUAUUUAUAAAAAACAAAAACGAAUCGAAAGCGAAACCAAAAAAAAAGUAAAAUGUAUAAUUUAUCGAAUAAAAACUGA